AUGUGCAAUAAUAUGCGAUAAUUCGAAUAAUUUUAGGUUAUUUUAUUGGUCCACUAUGAGUUUGAAGCACAAAUUAAAGUCAUUAGUUGUUGUCUCUAUGGGAGGCAUAGCCACUUUUGCAGCUAUAAAUGUUUACAAGCAAGAUGAGCACUUUUACAAACAUUAUAUUAUGCCAGUAGUGCAUCUACUUGAUCCAGAAUCUGCUCAUCGAUUAGGUAUUGUUGUUAGCAAAUACAGACUGCUGCCAAAAGCCAAUUACACAGAUCCCAAACAAUUGAAUGUCACAGUGUUUGGUAAAACUUUCUCAAAUCCUAUUGGAAUAGCAGCUGGAUUUGAUAAGCAUGCUGAAGCUGUGCUGGGGCUUCAAGACAUGGGUUUUGGGCUAGUUGAAAUUGGAUCUGUUACUCCUCAACCACAAGAAGGUAAUGCAAAGCCACGCGUCUUUAGGUUGAAUGAAGAUUAUGCUGUGAUCAAUAGGUAUGGAUUUAAUAGCGAUGGUCACGAAGUCGUUUACAAUCGUUUAAAUAAACUACGGUCAGAGGCUAAAUUCGAUGGAGUGCUUGGAAUCAAUUUAGGUAAAAAUAAAGAAUCGCAGAGUGCCGUCAACGAUUAUGUAGCUGGUAUAGAGAAAUUUGGAUCUUUAGCCGAUUAUUUAGUCAUCAAUAUCAGCAGCCCAAACACUGUGGGUUUGAGGAAUUUGCAGGGCAAAGAGCAGCUCAGGGAUUUGCUGAAGAACGUUUUAGAGGCUAGAAAUAAAUUACAGGAUCCAAAACCUCCGCUUUUACUGAAAGUCGCACCUGAUUUGAGUACGCAGGAGAGGAAGGAUGUGGCUGAAGUUAUUAAAUCUAAAGGAUGUAAAGUGGAUGGUCUCAUUGUGAGCAACACGACGAUACAUGGAAGGAGCGCUUUGGAGAAUAAAAGUAGAGAUGAAACUGGCGGACUUAGCGGAAGACCAGUCAAAGAAGUUUCAACUGAGAUGAUUGCGGAAAUGUACAAAUUAACAAAUGGUUUACCUAUCAUCGGUGUGGGAGGAGUAUCUUGUGGACAGGACGCCUACGAGAAAAUCAAGGCUGGUGCGUCGAUCGUGCAGAUUUACACGACGUUGGUCUUCGACGGACCUCCGGUUGUUACAAAGAUCAAGAGGGAAUUAGCUGAACUACUCGAACGGGAUAACUACAAAUCAAUAUCCGAAGCUGUCGGUGUUGACGCAAAAUGAACUAUUUUGUUUUCA